UAUAUCUCAGUCUUCAGCUGCCACAUACUUUUUAUUUAUUUAUUCAAAUCAGGUUUAAAUGGCAGUAGAAGGGGAACAACAACUUCAGACUAACGGACAUGCAAAGCAAGCUGAAGAAUCAGCCAACUCCAUACAAUCCAAAGAGCUGCGCAAAAAGAAACGCAAGAAAUUCUUAAUUUUUGUUGCACUCUCUAUUCUGUUUCAAAUUGCAAUCACUCUCUUCUCUUCAUUGUACAUAAUGAAAGUCAGAACUCCUAAGUUUCGCAUCCGGUCAGUUACCUUUGAUGUGUUGUCGAAAAAUGCAGAAAAUUCUUCAUUCAACAUUACAAUGAAUGCUGAAUUUGGUGUCAAGAACACCAAUUUUGGACCUUACAAGUACAGAGACAGCACUGUUUAUAUUUUCUAUAAUGGUGUGAAUAUUGGAGAAGCCUUUGUUUCCCAUGGCAAAGCUGGUUUUAAGUCAACCAAGAAAUUUAAUGUUGUUGUGAAUCUGUCAUCGAAGGAUGUAUUAACUAAGGACUCGAAGCUAAGGAAUGAUCUGAAUUCUGAAACUUUAAUUUUGACCAGCAAGUCAAAAUUAGAGGGGAAAGUGGCGCUAAUUUUUGUUUUGAAGAAAAAGAAAUCUACGGAGAUGGAUUGCACCAUUACUGUAGGACUGGCUGAUAAAGUGAUUAGGGAUAUAGACUGCAACUAGGGAGUUAAUUCAAUUCCUUACUUAAAUAUUUGUAAUUUUUUAUUUUAUUUAGUAGUGUCUUUUAAUUGGAUGAGUUCGAUUUGAUAUAUCUAUAAACCAGAGAAUUAGACACCACUAGUUUCGCAGUGUACAGUCGUACUACAAGCUGGUCUGGUGGUGCCUGCAGAAGAGGGUUAAUAUGUAAAUAUAGUAAUCAGUUGGUUAAAAAUAAUAACCAAGCCUCGCAUUUA